UUUUACCACAAGCGCCCUAAUAUACGCGCCCCAAUAAGGACAGUCGCUCUCUCUCAUUGUGAUCUAAACAAAAAAUGGUUACAGCCACUUCAGGUGGACGGUAACGAAGUAGGAAACAAACUUCAGAUGAAGUAGGUAACGAGUAUAUCGUAUAGUCCUUGGUGUAUGACUGCUAACCGGUAACAAUGUCGCUUCAGAAUGUCAAUAAAGAAGCCUUGAUUGGCUCUGCAGCACUCGGAGUUGUCUUUGUUGCGGGUUAUUACAUAGGCAAAAGAAGAUCAAAAUACACCAGUAUGGAUAUUUUCAAGAGCCACAGUGGUGCAAAGGACAACCCAUUGAUGCAAUAUGUGCUCAAUAAUUCCCUGAGGGAGCACCCUGUCCUGAAAAAGCUGAGAUUGAGAACGAUGGAACACUCCUUAAACUUCAUCAUGGUGGCUUGCGAGCAGUCACAGCUCAUGGCGAACCUGGCAAGGCUAAUAAAAGCUAAAAAAGCCAUUGAGAUUGGUGUGUACACUGGGUACAAUGCCCUGAGCAUCGCCCUUGCCCUACCUGACGACGGCCGACUGGUUGCCUGUGAUGUCAGUGAGGAAUUCACCAACCUUGGCAAGCCCUUCUGGAAGGAGGCUGGAGUUGAACAGAAAGUGGACCUGCGCUUACAACCUGCUUUGAAAACCCUUGAUGACCUUCUAGCAGCUGGAGAAGGAGAGACGUACGACUUCAUCUUUAUCGACGCAGAUAAGGUCAACUAUGACAACUACUACGAGAAAUCUCUCCAGCUUCUGAGGAAAGGGGGCAUCAUAGCAAUUGAUAACACGCUGUGGAGCGGUAAGGUCGUCAACCCCGCGGAGGAUGACCUGGACACCAAGUGCAUCGACAAGCUGAACAAGAAGCUCCACAGGGACGUUCGGAUCAACGUCAGCUUGCUCACGGUGGGAGAUGGACUAACUCUGGCCUUCAAGCUGUAAGCCAUUUUACAAAGGGCAAGAAGACACCGCCAUGUCCAUGGGCAGUCAGACAGCUGUGUAUUUGUAAUAUGGUUUAUAGUGAGAGUUUUGAUGUAUGAGGUUUAUCAGGGUUUCUAUUGUGCCAAUUAUUGCAGGGUCUAACUGAGUUUAUUAUGAAUUGUACAGGACAUGUCAUGGGUUCUGUUGCUAGUGUUUUUACACAGAAAUGACUGAAACCCCUUCCCCAAUACAAUAUUCUGAGGAGA